AUGAAUGGGCUAAAACUGAUUCUUACAACGAUAAAGAAUCGACCGGAUAUGGAUUCUGUUGUGACGGACUUGGCCUUUGUGGCAUGUCGCUCAGUCAAUUCACCUAUGACUCGAAAUCGACAAAUAAUAAGUAUAUUUUGGACAGAUUCGCGUAUAGACAUGAGUACCUGGUCUAUUCAUGAACGUCCCAAACAAGGGGAUCGUGAUGAUGAACCGUAUGCUUCAGAAUUCGAAGUUCUACAAUUGCUGAAACAGAGAAGAGUUUUAAAUUCGAAAUUGAAUAUAAUGGAAGAGGAUUCUCUAGAAAAACAGGAAAUCACUAAGAAGAUAAAUGGAACAAGACAACAACUUCAAUUGAAAGGAGUGGAAUUUAAUAACGGAUGGCCUUUUCUACGCGGCAUUGACGCAUCAAGUAGAGUGCUGGCCUAA